AUGUCAGCAUCAGACCUCGUCGCCCAGCCAGCCCCAGAUCCCCCAAUAUACAGACCCGUCCAAAGCAUCAAAGGCACCGGUGCGUCAAGGUUCGUUCUACUCAGCCAAACCAUUCCAAAUCACUUGAUCAAUGACAACAGGCACGCCGGUAUUCACGGGAGUCCGGUAGCUCCGUCCAGAGUGGCUGUGUUCGCACCUUCGCCCAACCACGGCUGCCUCCCCGUCCUGGUUACGAGCGAAUCGCAGAGCCCCGACUUCUGGGCCAAACGCAGGCUGAUGGAGGAGCAGUCAUCUACCAAGCAGUCGGCCCACCUCCGGACGCCUCACAUCGACAGCGCGGGCGACGCCUGGCUGUCCCCGUUCCGGCUGCCGACCCCCUUGCCCCGACGUAUCCUUCCCAGGGUGCCUUGUCGACCCGUGGCGCGGUCGCCCGUACGGAUACCUUGA